UGUAUCGUUAAAGGAGCCAUCGACUCAUCGAUGUUGAUGUUAAACAGCGGGCUACACAGCACCGAAAAAAGCCGAUGCAACAUUUUACACGAAAAUUAAACGAUAUUGUGCAGUUGCAGUGAAAUUGGUUAAAAGGGCGUGCCAAAAUACAGCUAAACCGCAAGAACACUAAAAAUAAACAAUAUUAAAAGAAAACAAAUAAAAAGCGAAUUGCUUGGAAUUCGACUUGUCCAAUUGGAUACGUGAGUUGAGACUCGUUCGAGCAGACCAUUUGAUACUCUACACAACACAACACACACACACACACAAUGGCGUGGCGCUUCAAGGCUUCCAAGUACAAAAAUGCCGCGCCCAUUGUGCCCAAAGCGGAGGCAUGCGUCCGUGAGAUUUGCGUUGGCAGCUAUCAAACCUAUGGCAAUAAUAUUGCCGCAUCGGGCGCCUUUAUGGCCUUCAAUUGGGAGCAUAGUGGCUCCAGUGUCGCUGUCCUGCCCCUCGAUGAUUGUGGACGCAAAAGCAAGACAAUGCCAUUGUUGCAUGGACACACGGAUACUGUCACAGAUUUGAAAUUCUCACCCUUUCACGACGGACUCUUGGCCACCGCAUCGCAGGAUUGUCUGGUAAAAAUCUGGCAUAUACCGGAAAAGGGCUUGGAGCAAUCCCUCUCCGAUCCCGAGGCUGUUUUUUCCCACAAACAGCGACGUGUGGAGACAGUUGGAUUUCAUCCCACGGCUGAUGGAUUGAUGUACUCCACGGCGGCAGGUUGUGUGGCGCUCUUUGAUAUUGCCACCCAAAAGGAGAUCUUCUCAAACAAUGAGCAUCCUGAGGUCAUUCAAUCGGCCAGCUGGCGUGAGGAUGGCACUGUUUUGGCCACCAGCUGCAAGGAUAAGUGUGUGCGCAUCUUUGAUCCACGUGCCGAAGGUUCACCCAUACAAAUGGUCGCCGAAUCGCAUCAAAGCAUUAAGGAUUCCCGUGUGGUUUGGCUGGGCAAUCAAUCGCGCAUCCUUACCACCGGCUUCGAUGCGGCACGUUUGCGGCAGGUGAUCAUACGUGACAUACGCAACUUUAAUACGCCCGAGAAAACAUUGGAAUUGGAUUGUUCAACUGGUAUUUUAAUGCCAUUAUUUGAUCCGGAUACGAAUAUGCUGUUUCUUGCCGGCAAGGGUGAUACGACCAUCAAUUAUCUGGAGAUCACAGACAAGGAUCCGUAUCUGAUCGAAGGACUGCGACACACAGGCGAACAAACAAAGGGGGCGUGUCUGGUGCCCAAACGUGCUCUCAAAGUCAUGGAGGCGGAGGUGAAUCGUGUGCUCCAGCUCACCUCCAACAUGGUCAUACCCAUCAUGUACCAGGUGCCCCGCAAGACCUAUCGCGACUUCCAUGCUGAUCUUUAUCCGGAAACUACGGGCUACAAGACGGACUUGAUUGCCAGCGAAUGGUUAAAUGGCACCAAUCAGGCUGUGCCCAAGAUGAACUUGGAUCCAGCGAAGCGUGAACACGGCGAUGAACCCAUUAUCAUACAUCGUGGCAAUCUGAGCGAUUUCAUAAAGAACAUUGAGAACCAAAGGGCAAAGGGCAAAAGUUCGAAUCAAAAAUCAGCUGCACCUUCAGUAAAACGCAACGACAAUGAACAUUUUAUGAUGUUGCGCAGCAAGUGCAACAAUGGCGAGGAGAAGAAUGGAAAUGGUACUGAGAAUAACGACAAAAAGAUGACCCAUCCCAAUCCGAAUCCCAACAAGGGUCAAACGGAAGAGUGCAGUCUCAGUCAAAGUGAAUUGAUACGCAAAUUCGAGGCGAAAUACAAGACAGAUUCGGAAAAGGAUGUCCAGGUGGAUGAGAAGGAAUCACCCACUGAGCACUCAACGGGCAGCAGCGAGGAGGCAUCCUCAUCGGGGGCAUUGGACACGAAUUCGGCAAGUGGCAGCCACUCGCCACCGAAGCCCAUGCCACGCACAUCGCGCAACAAUUCGUUGCCCGAGGCAACCACACCUGGCAGUGGCGGUGAUUCAGCCGGCGAGGGCAACACACCGCGUCCCAGGCCACGCACAACUGCAGCUGCCGCCUACAAGCCUCGCCUUGGCCCAAAACCAUUCUCGAGCAACACUGGUGACGUCUCGUUCGACAAAGUGUUUGCCGUGCCCGUUGCGCCCGGUUCGCAUGAGAACAUAUCGAACGUGGGUCAGGAGAACUCUAGCGAGACGCCCACUCAAGGCGCCAAACCCGAUCUCAUUGUGGAAAUUGAAAUUAAAAAAAGCCAUGAACGUGAACCGAAUGUUGGCGGCAAUGGCAACGGCAAUGGCGUCCAAAAGUCAUUGACCACCUCGGAGCGUCGCAAGUCUUCAGCUGACGAUGAUGAAUCAUCCGAUAAGAUAUUCGAGCAAAACUCUGAAUCGUCGGAGAAUUCGACGGAGGGCGAAGAUCGCACAGAUGCCGAUUUACUACGCUUCUCAGCGGUGCGUAGCAGCAUUGCCGAACGACGUCGCGUCUACGAGAGUCGUUCCAAGAGCCAGGUGGAUGAGAAGGCUCAAUCGCCGGUGCCACUUCGCCGUGAAAGCUCCAAGGUGGAACCGCUUAAACCCAGCCAGCAGUUGGGCGGCAAUAGCAAUGUCAUACCCGCGUCUGGCAUUGACAGCAAGCGCAUCUCUGUGCCGGAGGGCAAGUUGAUGGAGGAGCAUCGUCGGGGCAACGGUGCUGGACUGAAGAAAUCGGCCACCGAGGCGGCAUUCAGUGCUGCAUCAACAAAACGCACCUCGACCGUCUUUGGCAAGGUGUCCAAGUUUCGUCACUUGAAGGGCACGCCCGGUCACAAGUCGACACACAUUGAGAACUUGCGCAAUUUGAGUCGACAGAUACCGGGCGAAUGCAAUGGCUUCCAUGCCAAUCACGAGCGUGUUGCGGUACCGCUCUCUGGACCCGGCGGAAAGAUUGCGAUCUUUGAGCUGAGUCGUCCCGGCAGAUUGCCCGAUGGUGUCAUUCCAUCGCUGGUGAAUGGCAGCAACAUUAUGGACUUUCAGUGGGAUCCUUUUGAUGCACAGCGUCUGGCGGUUGCCUGCGACGAUGGCAUUGUGAAAUUGUGGCGCAUCGAGGAGGGCGGCUUGAGUGAGCCAACAAAUACGCCGCAAGGUGAAUUGACCGCUCAUCUGGACAAGAUCUACUUCAUACGCUUUCAUCCCUUGGCCGCCGAUGUGCUUCUCACGGCCAGCUAUGACAUGACCAUUAAACUCUGGGAUUUGCGUACCAUGACCGAGAAAUGCGCACUCAGCGGACACACGGAUCAAAUAUUCGAUUUCGCCUGGAGUCCAUGUGGCAAACUGGGCGCCAGUGUUUGCAAAGAUGGCAAAAUCCGUGUCUACAAUCCACGCAAAUCCGAGACGCCCAUACGCGAGGGCAACGGUCCUGUGGGCACACGUGGGGCACGCAUCACUUGGGCACUCGAGGGUCAUUACAUUGUCUGCACCGGAUUCGACAAGGUCUCGGAGCGUCAGAUUAGUGUGUACAAUGCACAAAAAUUGACGGCGCCAUUAAAUACGGCCAGUUUGGAUGUGUCGCCAUCGAUUCUAAUACCAUAUUAUGAUGAGGAUAGCUCCACAUUGUUUGUCACCGGCAAAGGAGACUCGACCAUAUACUGCUAUGAGAUAACCGAUGAGGAGCCAUACAUAUGCCCGCUGUCGCAUCAUCGUUGCUCCUCGUUGCAUCAGGGCCUCAGUUUCCUCACCAAGAACCAUUGCGAUGUGGCCAGCGUGGAGUUCUCCAAGGCAUACAGGCUGACAAACACAACCAUUGAGCCGCUCAGCUUCACAGUGCCACGCAUUAAGAGUGAACUGUUCCAGGAUGAUUUGUUUCCACCCACGCGCAUUACAUGGAGCGCCACGCUCUCUUCCGAGGAUUGGUUUGGUUGCAACGACAAGGCCGCUGCCAAAGUCAGUCUCAAGCCAGAGGGCAUGGAUACACUGUCAUCCAUACAACAAGUGCCAGCGGCAGUUAAGAAACCAGAUGCUUCGCAAUUUGCCAGCAAAUCGGAAUAUGAAAGCAAUAAACAGCAGGAGAUACAAAAAUCGGUUAGUGCGCGCAUGGAAUACACCACCAAGUUGGAGCAGGAUGAAAUGGAGGGCGUCGAUGAGAAUGAGUGGCAAGAGUAGCGUCAAAUGGACGCCAAUGGACACGCAUACACAUAAGCUAUAUUAUUAAAUAUACACUCAUAGAUAAGUUCAACUCGUAUAUGCAUAAACAGUGCAUAAUUAUUCACAACUUAACAACACACACACACACACACACAGACACAACAAACACACACAACACACACUGAGACAGAGACAGAGACAGACUUUGAGACAAACACAACCCGUGCAGCAAGUUGCAAGGCAAGAAUUAAUGAUUAGGCAUAUUUGAGAGCAUUGCUCAAGUUUCCCACUUUUCCCAUCACUCCCCUCUGGAGCUACCACCCCACUUUCUUCAGUCAACUGCUGUCAGCUGGGCCAGACCUUUGUAUAUAGCAACGGUGCUGCUACAAAUCUAUUACCCAUUUAUUUUUGUGAGAGAGAGAGUAUGCACUGCUAACUGGUUGUGCCAAUGUCCUUGAACCCGUUUCCCCCUUACCCACAACUGCAGUUGCUCAAUAAUUGCCAAAUUACAAAGUUUAAGCAAACGUUUUUAUAUAGUUCACUUUUUUUUUAUAUACAUUUAUAUAUAUACUUAUAUAAUUUUUAUUCGUUUUGUAUUUGUUUAUACACACACAAACAUUGCUAUACAAUAUAUAUAUAUAUAAAUAUAUUGUUUUAUGUGUUUGUUUAAGUAGUUAGUCCAAAUUAGUUAAGCAUAAAAACAUUUUUAUAAUUUUCUAUAGUUUUCUAUUGAGAGUAUUUCGCUUAAGUUUGUGGCCAUAUAUAAAGAUGUUGUUGAUAUUUAUAUAUAUUUAUACAUAUAUAAAUAUUUUAGAGCUUUACAAGUAUUUACCUCUCAGUCUAUUUCAAUAUGUGCUCUCUCUAUAUAAAUAUAUAUACAUUAAAAAUCCCUUUUUUAUAUAUAUAUAUAUACACAUAAAUAUAUACAUAUAUAGUAAAUUUCAACUCGACACUUGUCUCUCGCUUUGGCAAUGGGAGCAGCUCAGGCGGGCCAACACCCACAUAUAUAAACACCCCAAACACACACACACACACACACACAGACAUACGACUCCAAUCUUUACAUGAUGUAUUUUAUAGCAUAUAUUAUAGAGGACAAGUUUUUAUAGCAAUUUGAUGCUUGCUUUGGUCACACACAGGUUUUAAUAUCGUUUUUUUUUGUUUUUUUGUUUUUUUUUUAUAGAUCUUUCUAGUCUUUGUCUUUAUUCAUUGCUUCCUUGCGACCCUUUAAGAAUACCAUGUAAAACCAUAACAUAACAACAGACAGCAAAAACAUUAUAGACUGUACGUGAGACGUUUAAUGCGUAAGCCAAUCAAGCGAGAAUUUUGUUAAUAACUAAUUAACUAAACAAUAUACAAUACAAAUAUAUCAAAAAUCAAAUACUUAAUGUAACAACUGAAUCAAAAAUAAGAGACAAACAACAAAAUAUGUAAUUGAUAAAAAGAAAUGAUAAACAAAAACAACAACAAUUCCAAAAUGUAUAACGAAAAGACUUGCGGGAAAAGCGCAUCCGUGUUGCCAUUUAAGAAAAUUUGUCGAAAGAGAGCAAAAAUCAAGCUCCUCCACAUAAGACUAGAAACUUAUACAGAUAUAUAGAACCGAUAUGAUACCAUAAUUUGUAUACUUAUAAAGCAUUUUGUACUUGCAAUAGAUAUGCAUAUAUAUAGUAAAUAUAUAUAUUUUGUAUACAGCAACAAAGAAACAAAACAAAAACAUAAACAACUUUUGCGACUGAUUCGACCAAGAACAUUCUCGGGUAAUGGCAAUAAAGCUAGGCCUAGAAGCUAUAUAGUUAUAUCAACUAUAUAGACCAUGACAACACAUCCAAUCCAACAAUGUUGCAUUUAAAAAGACGGAAAACCACUCACAAUAUUUCACUUUUUCACUUGAAGCAUUUCCGGGAGCAUUUUCCAUGAUAACGAUGAUAUUAGAUUGUCUCAAAACUCUAGUACUUAUAUGCGCAUAACAUAUAAACAAAGAAA